AUGGCCACGCCUCCGCCAAAGCCAGAAGAUGCCCAGAGGCAAAAAGGAACAAUUCAGCCCAAGAAUGAGGUGGGCACAAGAAAAGGGUUUCGACGCUACAAGUGGGAAUUCAAAGACAGCAAUAAAGAGUUCUGGACAAUGGGACACGCUGAGGUCAAGAUCGUGAGUUUGGUCUGCAUGAUGGCUGGACUAUACCUCUUCGAAACAAUGCCCACACACCCCAUCCUGAUCCUGCUCCUCACUAUGGAAGUGUCCAUCUUCACUUUCUUCAUAUUCCUCUACAGCUUCGCCCUUAAUAGAUAUAUGCCCUUCAUCUUCUGGCCUAUCACUGACCUCUUCAACGACCUCUUCUCCUGCGUGUUCCUCGUAGGUGGCGUAGUGUUUGCUACGAAAGUCAGACGAGUGAUGCCAAAGCCCUACUUAAUAGCUGUGAUCCUUAUGGGAGUGGCUGCCAUUUUUGUUUUUAUCGACAUAUUUCUUCAAAGGCGACACCUCAAAGGAACAAGGAUCCGAAAGGACGCUCUGGCAGACACUGGCCUCCAAAAGCUGCUGGAGACAGAUAAUAAGACAGAUAAUAAAACAGAUAAUAAGACAGAUACUAAGACAGAUAAUAAGACAGAUAAUAAAUGA